CAGCCAUGCAACUCUGAGGCAGGCAGUUCCAGCCAAGGGGGAGACGAAGCAGGAUUACUGCAUGAAAACCGAACUGCUGAAAGAAGAUAUACCUAUGGCUGCUGAUGAAGGUUCCACAGAAAAACAGGCAGGAGAGGCCCCUGUGGCUGCAGAUGGCGAAACCAACGGGUCUUGUGAAAAGAGUGGUGACACCAAUCACCAAAAUGUGGCCAAAAAUACUCAGGAGAGCAUGAGAGCCAGCCCCCAGGAAGGUACCCACAGAGCAUCCCGAAUAGCAGAGAACGGGGUUUCAGAAAGAGACACUGAAGUGGGGAAGCAAAAUCAUGUUACAGCUGAUGACUUCCUGCAGACUUCUGUCAUUGGCAGCAACGGAUACUUCUUAAAUAAACCCGCCCUGCAGGGACAGCCUUUGAGGACUCCCAACACUCUGGCCUCCUCACUUCCUGGCCAUGCUGCAAAAACCCUUCCUGCAGGAGCCAGUAAAGGCAGGACUCCAAGUUCACUUCUCCAGCUGCCAGCCACAGCGCCUGCUGUGCUCGAAGGGAGUGCAGACACAGAGGACAGGAAGCCUGCAGCACCUGGCACUGAUGUCAGGGUUCACAGGGCACGCAAGACCAUGCCGAAAUCCAUACUGGGCCUGCAUGUGGCCAGCAAGGACCCCAGAGAAGUUCGAGAAUCUAGAGACCACAAGGAUCCAAAAGAGGAAGUCAACAGAAACAUUUCUGACUGUGGACGACAGCCGCUUUUACCCCUCCCAUCCCUUCACCAGUCACUACCUCAGAACCAAUGCUACAUGGCCACCACAAAGUCACAGACAGCUUGCUUGCCUUUUGUUUUAGCAGCUGCAGUAUCUCGGAAGAAAAAACGAAGAAUGGGAACCUAUAGCCUGGUUCCCAAGAAAAAGACCAAAGUAUUAAAGCAGAGGACGGUGAUUGAGAUGUUUAAGAGCAUAACUCAUUCCACUGUGGGCCCCAAGGGUGAGAAGGCCUUGGAUGAUAACACCCUACAUGUGAAUGGGGAGAGCUUGGAGAUGGACUCAGAAGAGGAUGACUCUGAUGAGCUAGAAGAGGAUGAGGACCAUGGAGCUGACCAGGCUGCUGCAUUUCCCACAGAGGACAGCAGGACUUCUAAAGAGAGCAUGUCUGAGACUGACCGUGCUCCAAAGAUGGAUGGCGAGUCGGAGGAAGACCAGGAGUCAGCUGACACAGGGGAGGACGAGGACGGCGGAGACGAAUCUGACCUGAGUUCUGAAUCCAGCAUCAAGAAGAAAUUUCUCAAGAGGAGAGGAAAGACCGACAGCCCCUGGAUCAAGCCAGCUCGGAAAAGGAGGCGGAGAAGUAGAAAGAAGCCAAGCGGCGUGCUUGGUUCUGAGGCGUGUAAGUCGUCUCCAGGAAGCACUGAGCAGACGGCUCCGGGAGACAGCACGGGGUAUAUGGAAGUUUCUCUGGACUCAUUGGAUCUCCGCGUCAGAGGGAUUCUGUCCUCCCAAGCCGAAAGUGAAGGGCUGGCCAACGGUCCGGACGUGCUGGAGACGGAUGGCCUCCAGGAAGUGCCUCUCUGCAGCUGCCGGAUGGAAACCCCCAAGAGCCGUGAGAUCAGUACCCUGGCCAACAACCAGUGCAUGGCCACCGAGAGCGUGGAUCACGAAUUGGGCCGGUGCACAAACAGCGUGGUCAAGUAUGAGCUGAUGCGCCCAUCCAACAAGGCACUCUUGGUGCUGUGUGAAGACCAUCGGGGCCGCAUGGUGAAGCACCAGUGCUGUCCUGGCUGCGGCUAUUUCUGCACGGCGGGUAACUUCAUGGAAUGUCAGCCUGAGAGCAGCAUCUCUCACCGUUUCCACAAGGAUUGUGCCUCUCGAGUGAACAAUGCCAGCUACUGUCCCCACUGUGGGGAGGAGACCUCCAAGGCCAAAGAGGUGACCAUAGCAAAAGCAGAUACAACCUCCACAGUGAUGCCAGCUCCCGGGCAGGAAAAGAGCUUGGUCACCGAGGGCAGAGCUGACACAACCACGGGCAGCAUUGCUGGAGCUCCACUAUCCGAGGAUGACAAGCCGCAGAGCACAGCCCCCCAGGUGCCCGAGGGCUUCGACCCUGCAGGGCCAGCUGGGCUCGUGAGGCCAACUUCUGGCAUUUCCCAGGGACCCGGGAAGGAAACCUUGGAAAGUGCACUAAUCGCUCUGGACUCUGAAAAACCCAAGAAGCUUCGUUUCCACCCGAAGCAACUGUAUUUCUCAGCCAGACAGGGUGAGCUGCAGAAGGUGCUCCUCAUGCUGGUUGAUGGAAUCGAUCCCAACUUCAAAAUGGAGCACCAGAAUAAGCGUUCCCCACUGCACGCUGCUGCAGAAGCUGGCCACGUGGACAUCUGCCACAUGCUGGUUCAGGCGGGUGCAAAUAUUGACACCUGCUCAGAAGACCAGAGGACCCCACUGAUGGAAGCUGCAGAAAAUAACCACUUGGAUGCAGUGAAGUACCUCAUCAAGGCUGGGGCACAGGUGGAUCCAAAGGAUGCAGAGGGCUCCACAUGUUUGCACUUGGCUGCCAAGAAAGGCCACUAUGAUGUGGUUCAGUAUCUGCUUUCGAAUGGACAGAUGGAUGUCAACUGCCAGGACGAUGGCGGCUGGACGCCCAUGAUCUGGGCCACCGAGUACAAGCACGUGGAACUGGUGAAGUUACUGCUGUCCAAGGGCUCCGAUAUCAACAUCCGGGACAAUGAGGAGAACAUCUGCUUGCACUGGGCAGCGUUCUCAGGCUGUGUCGACAUAGCUGAGAUACUGCUAGCUGCCAAGUGUGACCUGCACGCCGUGAACAUUCACGGAGACUCGCCACUUCACAUCGCAGCCAGGGAAAAUCGCUACGACUGUGUUGUCCUCUUUCUUUCUCGGGAUUCAGAUGUCACUUUGAAAAACAAGGAAGGAGAGACUCCCCUGCAGUGUGCAAGCCUUAAUUCCCAGGUGUGGAGUGCACUGCAGAUGAGCAAGGCUCUGCAGGACUCGGCCCCUGACAAGCCUGUUGCUGUCGAGAAGACGGUGAGCAGAGACAUUGCUCGUGGAUACGAGCGUAUCCCCAUCCCCUGUGUCAACGCUGUGGACAGUGAGCCAUGCCCUACCAACUACAAGUACGUCUCUCAGAACUGCGUAACGUCCCCCAUGAACAUCGACAGAAACAUCACUCACCUGCAGUACUGCGUGUGUGUGGACGACUGCUCCUCCAGCACCUGCAUGUGUGGCCAGCUCAGCAUGCGCUGCUGGUACGAUAAGGAUGGGCGGCUUCUGCCUGAGUUCAACAUGGCAGAGCCACCCUUGAUCUUCGAGUGCAACCACGCUUGCUCCUGCUGGAGGAACUGCCGCAAUCGUGUUGUGCAGAAUGGUCUCAGGGCAAGGCUGCAGCUUUAUCGGACACAGGACAUGGGCUGGGGUGUGCGGUCCCUGCAAGAUAUCCCGCUGGGCACCUUUGUCUGCGAAUAUGUUGGGGAGCUGAUCUCUGAUUCCGAAGCUGAUGUUCGAGAAGAAGAUUCUUACCUCUUUGAUCUUGACAAUAAGGAUGGAGAGGUGUACUGCAUCGACGCUCGGUUCUAUGGGAACGUCAGCCGGUUCAUAAACCACCACUGCGAGCCCAACCUUGUACCUGUGCGUGUUUUCAUGUCACACCAGGACCUGCGAUUUCCUAGGAUCGCCUUCUUCAGCACCCGCCUGAUCCAUGCGGGGGAGCAGCUGGGGUUUGACUACGGGGAGCGUUUCUGGGACAUCAAGGGCAAGCUCUUCAGCUGCCGGUGUGGCUCCCCCAAGUGCCGACACUCGAGUGCAGCCCUGGCCCAGCGGCAGGCCAGUGCGGCCCAGGAAGCCCAGGAGAAUGGCCUACCAGACACCAGCUCUGCGACUGCCACUGACGCCCUAUGAGACACAACAGGUCCAGUGGAAUGCUCAGGAUCGGGUUCUGAGGACUACAGUUUAGGCAGGAGGAGGUUCUGCACAUAACAUCAAGGGGCCCCAGAGGUGCAGACGCCUCCCAGGAACAUUCCGGGCUGAGGCCUCAGGCCAAAGCACACGUGGGCCAUGUGCCUCAGAGACCUUGGGACUCCACAUGGGCACAACCUUAUGAGUUCCUGGUGGUGGCUUUGUCACUGCGACAUUUUCCACUUCUCCCUGUGAUCUCUGAGGCCCUUGCUUCACCGCCGGGUUUGUCUCCUGUCCAGCCAGGCUCCUGUGUGGUACCUGCCAAAGCCACCAUCACCCACAAGCUGCUCCGUUAGACCUGCUGCCCAUGGCCUUUGUGGCCCCUGAUGACUCCCGGGCUUGUACGGAGGACACACUGUCUUGGAGAGGUUGGGACUACCCUGACACUCACUAACUUUGAAAAACGUGUGGGUUUGCUUUUUAAAGGAGUCCUGUAUCUAGUCCUUACAUCAAGCCUCUGAGUGAGGAAGUGGGUUGGUGGGUGCAGGUGGACCCGCACCAGCCCAGCCAGUUCCGUUGGCGCUGCACUUUCUGUGAUUUCUAAGCCACAUGCUAUGAUGAAUAGACUGGUUGUUUUCUACCAUUUCUGAACAUUAGGACAAACAUAAUAAAAACAAAACACAGACAACGGUGCUGAAUCUGGUGUGGUUUCUACUCACCACGUGAAAUAAACUAUCAACUGUAAAAAGAGAACAAAGUGAUUUUAGAAUAAAAUGCAGGAAAAACUUUUUUAAAAUGUUAGUCUUGUAGUGUGAAUAAAUUUGCCGUCACCUUUUGUGUGGCGGCCUGGCAGGUCAUGUACUUUUUUUUGACAUAUACCUUUCUAAAUACUGUAAUUAGUGCUGCAACAGUGGAUUUUUUUUGUGUGACUCUUCUAAAACAUUCAUAAUGCAGUCAUGUUUAUUUUUUUUUUUCUGUUAAGAUGUUUUUGACAGUUUUAAGAGCAGUCUUUUGGC